AAGGCUACAACUUCCAGCUCCCGCUUCAUGCCUCGAACCCAGGAAGACCAGAUCCGGUUCCAGCUGGAGGCCUUCAUGUUCCAGGGAGGAUACAGUCCUUCUGUACUGCGUCUCUUGCAGAUCUACAUAACGUGUAUUGUGAAGGCCACUCUUGCUUCUGCACCCAGUGAUGCUCUCCGCAAAUCCUGUUCCUUUUCCAACGGGUGGCUUGCUGCUGAUGGGAACCACCAGGCUUGUGGUUGCUGUGACUCAACAUGUGGUCCUGAUGGUGGAAAUGCUGCUCCUUUUGGGGGCAUUCAGUGGGAAGGCAAGGCCUCACUCGGUCCUGUAAUGGUUCAAGAUCGACAGAAGACUGUAGCUGGUUUUCAGUAAAUGGAGGAAAUGUAUUGUUUCUUGUGUUGUGUGGUUUAACCCAUUUGGAUUUGAAUGUAUUGCAAAUGUGGGGAAA